UGGCCAGUUUCCCACCUCUCCUCCCGAGCCCCGAAUACACCCUGCGGCGGCGGCGGCACCGCCACCGAGUCACCGACCUCCCCCGGCCGCGUGCAGCCGAGCUGUCCCUCCAUGACAAGGCGUCGGCCUUGCUCGUAGCAAACCGGCGAACAGCGAGGGAGCUGUAUGGGAGUCGAGGUAGCAAGCGGAGCGCAGCCGAGCCCGGAAGAGACUCUCGCGGCGGCGGGGAGGCGGGAGCAGAGCCAUGGCCCAUGCGCGGGCGCCGCUGAAGCUGUCAACGCGGCUGAUGAACGUCGGCCUCGCCGCGCUCUGCCGCGGCGGCAGCCUCGCCCGCGCGGAGUCCGUCCUCGUGGACGCCAUCCGCCUCGGCCUUCCUCCCGACGUCGUCACCUACAACACCCUCCUCGCCGCGCACUGCCGCGCCGCGGGCCUCGACGCCGGCAUCGCCGUCGUGCACCGGAUGCGGGAGGCCGGAGUGAGCCCCGACGCCGUCACCUACAACUCCCUCAUCGCGGGCGCGGCCCGCCGCGGGUUCCCGAUGCUCGCGCUCGACCUGUUCGACGAAAUGCUCCGCUCCGGGAUCGCCCCCGACGCCUGGAGCUACAACGCCCUCAUGCACUGCCUGUUCCGGUCCGGUCACCCGGAGGACGCCUACCGGGUGUUCGCUGAUAUGACCGAUAAGGGCGUCGCGCCGUGCGCCACCACGUACAACACGCUCCUCGAUGGGCUGUUCAGGGCCGGCUACGCGACGAACGCGUAUAGGAUGUUCAGGUACCUCCAGAGGGUGGGGCUCCCUGUGGGCAUUGUGACUUACAACACGAUGAUCAACGGGCUGUGCAGGUCAGGCAAGGUGGGCUAUGCUCGCAAGGUCCUUAAGGAGCUUGGGAGGACUGAGCAUACCCCGAACGCGGUCACGUACACGACGGUUAUGAAGUGCUGCUUUAGGUACGGCAGGUUUGAUCAGGGGCUGGAGACCUUCUUUUUCCUGCUGGAAGGAGGGUACAUUUCGGAUGCCUUCCCGUACUGCACGGUGAUCAGUGCGCUGGUCAAGAAGGGCCGGAUGCAAGAAGCUAAUACCUAUUGUGAGCUCAUGAUACAAAGUGGUUCCAGGCUCGACAAUGCAUCCUACAACAUGCUGAUUCACCUGCGAUGCCAAGAAGGGAAGCUGGACGAUGCGUUUGAGCUAUUGAACAUGAUGGAAGAAGGUGGCCUGGAGAGCGAUGAGUACACAUUCUCAAUUUUGGUCAAUGGUCUUUGCAAGAUGAGGCAAAUUGAGGCUGCGGAGAAGAAGUUAUGUUCCAUGGAGAUGAUGGGCAUGCAAUCAAAUGUGGUAGCAUACAAUUGCUUGAUUGACGCGUUAUGCAAAUCUCAUGAGGUUGAUGCAGCCAUCAAAUUACUGCACAGCAUGAAGCUAAAAGAUGAUUUUACUUACACAUCACUAGUCCAUGGUCUAUGUAAGGUGGGUAGAUACCAUAUGGCAUCCAAAUUCUUGCGGAUCUGCUUGCAUGAAGGGAACAACGUUCUUGCAUCAGCAAAGCGUGUUGUCAUUUCUGGACUUCGUAGUGCAGGGUUUAAAAAUGAUUUGAGGAAAGUUCGGUCAGCAUUAUAUAUGGCUAGGUUGUUACGGUCUUAGUCCAAGAAAAAGAUCUGUAACUGGACUUGAUGAUCCCGCACAAUGCACAGGAUCAACACAGUGCAAAUGACUAGAUGGUCCUUUACGGAUAUGGAUGAUGAAGCAUCUGGUCACUUGAGCACUGCUUUGUGUCCUACAGGAAGGUAAAUGGGACUGUGUUAUCACUAGAAAGGUGCUGUUCCUAUAAAUCAGUUCUCGGAGGCACCAUAAGCUGACAAUGUUGAAAUGUGCAGCAAGCCAUGUGACCCUCAAAGCCAUAUGUUUAUUGAAUGUUUGAUGAACAAAAAGGGCUGAUGCGCACAUGAUCACUACUUGGUACGGGCUGCUGCACUCUGUGAUCUCUAGUUGCCAGAUGGUACCAGCUCAGUAUGUGCAAGAAGUAAUUCCUCCAUGGUUUGACAGCUCACCGUGCAUCAUGUUGGUUUGAGGUGAACAUAAUUUGGGGCGUUGGAAUAAACUCUCAUUGACUACGAGUAUUCCAAAUUACCAACAGAAGGUCGUUGGUGGUGUUUGAUUCUAUUCAGAACUCAGUUGCUCCCGGUUGGAUGGAUACACAGUAUGCAGUCAAAAAAUGCAAAUGUUGCAGCUUAAUCAAUCUGUUCAUCAUUUUUGCGUUGUUCGUUAAUUUUUUUGAAGUGGAUGAGAAAAGAAUUUUCUUUUGGGUAAUAUAUUAUCUCACAACAUUCAUCUGUCUGAAGUAAAUUUUAUACCAAUGAAAGACUACACCACACCUGAUAACAUAACUAUGUUUGUGGAUGGACAGGCAUGACGCUGUAAAGAAGUGUUGUAUUUUUGGUCUAAAACUCUGGCAGUCUGCCGAUGAUGUGCAAUUAUGUAAAAUAGACAUCAUCUUGAGUUUUUGAAAUCCCUGAUCAUUUGUUUUUCCAUUUAUUGCAUAUAAACAAUAUACUGUUCUUUGCAAGACAGCACGAUUUUAUUCUGUACCAUAAGGCUUUGAAUCAAUGAAAUAUGUCUUUGGAAGUAUAAACUAAUUUUACGUAGCAUGUAUCUUGCUGAUUUUGGUAUAUUUGCACGGUUAUCACAGUUUUACAUACAUGAGAUCAUUGACAUGUGUUUAGUGCUGGCCGAAAGUUGAUGCUCUGUUUACAGUCAGUGGCCGAGCGCUUGGUUCUCCGUGUGCUCCUUAUGCAUCAUCCUUUCGAUGGGUGGGCAGGGACAUGAACUAAAGGUGUGGGUCUGUGGGAUUUGCUUCUCAGUGUUUCUUUAAGGUUAUAUCGGCUGCUGUCUUCAGGUGCUUCUUCUCCAGCGUAUUUGAAGGACUGCUGCUGUUGGUCUUGCCGUCCGUGGGCUUACCUCAGGUUUCUUCAUGUGCUUCUUGCUGAUCAAGGUAUUGCUUUCAUCACUUCAUCUUGUAUAGGUGUGGUUUUAGAUUGCUUGGUUUCUGCUCUUGUGCAUAAUGUGCAGUGUGCAAUUUGUUUUUUCAGUUUGGUGCAUGGAUUCAAAAACAGGAUACAUAAAAAAAUAUCGGACCUAGCUUGGUAUCGGAAAGUGGCCAGGCUACCGGUGGUACACCGGCCAAAUUUGUCUUCCGAUUUUUGAAUUUUGGACCGGUAACUAGCCAAAACUUUCUGGUUACCAGCUGAUUACCGCUGAACAGUGAAAGCAAGUCAAUUAGUUUUCGAUACAAUAUAUUCCAAAUCCUUGAAUGUUAGUUCAUAUAUUGGUUGCAUACAUGACAAAUGAUCGAUACAACACCGCAAAGUUGAAUACUUAUACGGCCGUUCAGUUUCGAGAAGGUUGUUUGUUGGGUACACGAUCAUCUGAAAUAACAACACCAUGGAACUGAAAUACCAUUUUCUUUUUUACGGGUCAGGGCCGUACUGCCGGUAAUCAACGAGAUUUGAAUCCCUGGUUUGGUGUGGUAUGUCCUUUGCCUGUAAAUUACUUACAUGGGGUGGUACUUAGAUUUAUUUGGCAUGUUUAUCUCGUUGUUGGCGAACCAAAUCCUGUCGGCUAGCAGGGGCCGUCAGGGAAAUAGUAGACCGUCAUGCCGUUAUUUCUGGUAGUGAGCAUAUCUAUGGAUGCCAAACAAGGUUGGAGAUUUUCUUAUAUAUGCGCCCAUGACUGUUGCACAAACAAACCACACAUGGCAGUGCAGAUCGAUGCGGAGGCAGGGGACAAAGGCACAUACAAACCAAGCAAGCGGAAGCGAACGCAGGAGCAGACGGUGCCAAGCGCAGACACCGGCAGCAAUGGACGGACAGCCUCAGCGGCUGGGUGCUGCUGCUGCACUCCAAGGAAGUGCUGGGAAGGAUGAUCACCUUACCUGUAGGAGAGCAAAGGACAUGAGAGAAUUAACGAGAUCUGGUAUUCUGAUUGGUUGUUAGACGGACAGGAGAGAACUGACUAAUGGUACCACUACCGCAUCACCGAACCUGUAUACAAUAGUUACCCUGAUUCAACUCAAUAUAAUUUAAAUGUUGAAAUGUGUGUGCACCUAGCGUAUGUAUGCAUGUAUAACAUCACACUUAUGGGAACGAAGCCAAAGUGAACGAAUGGAGAAUGUUUGUAAUGGACAACUAGUGCAUUCCA